ACACACCUCACCACCAUCCACUACGUCGAGAUCCAACACAACCAAAAAAACAUGGGAAUCAAAGGACUCACAGCACUCAUCUCCGAGCAUGCACCAAAGGCUAUUACAGAACAUGAGAUUAAGACCCUCUUUGGACGCAAAGUCGCCAUAGACGCGUCCAUGUCCAUAUACCAGUUCCUUAUUGCUGUCCGCCAGAAGGAUGGCGAGAUGCUCACAAACGAUGCGGGGGAGACGACGAGUCAUUUGAUGGGUUUUUUCUAUCGUACUAUACGUAUAGUCGAGAAUGGUAUCAAACCCGCGUAUGUAUUCGAUGGCAAACCUCCCGAGCUCAAGUCGGGCGUGCUCUCAAAACGUUUUGAAAGGCGGGAGGAAGCUAAGGAAGAAGGUGAAGAGGCUAAAGAAACCGGUACUGCAGAGGAUGUCGACAAGCUCUCUAGACGAACCGUCAAAGUCACAAAAGAGCACAACGAAGAAUGUAGAAAACUACUGAAACUUAUGGGUAUCCCUGUCAUCGUAGCGCCAUCUGAAGCAGAGGCACAAUGUGCAGAGCUCGCCAGGGGAGGCAAGGUAUACGCAGCAGGUUCAGAAGAUAUGGACACCCUCACCUUCAACGCACCCAUUCUCUACCGGCACUUGACCUUCUCCGAGGCAAAGAAAGCACCUAUAAGUGAGAUAAACCUCCAAAAGGCACUCGAAGGUCUCGAGAUGGACAUGUCACAGUUCAUCGACCUCUGUAUACUACUCGGUUGCGACUAUCUUGAGCCAAUAAGAGGAGUUGGCCCGAAGAGUGCUUUAAAGCUCAUACGAGAGCAUGGUGGGCUUGCAGGUGUCGUCGAGCAUUUGCGCGAGAAGCAGGCGGAGAAGGAGGAGAAAGCCGCUGACGCAGAAGAUGGUGUCAAGAAGAAAAAGGGAGGCGUACAAGUCCCCGAAGAUUGGCCUUGGGAAGAGGCAAAGAAAUUAUUUGAAAAACCUGACGUAGUCCCGGCUUCUGAGGUGGAGCUCGAGUGGAAAGACCCAGAUAUCGAUGGUCUUGUGCAGUUCCUGGUCACUGAGAAAGGAUUCAAUGAGGAAAGAGUCCGCAAAGGUGCCGAAAAGCUACAAAAAUUCUUAAACGCAAAGCAGCAAGGUCGUCUUGAUGGCUUCUUCUCAGUAAAAACCAAAACCUCGCCGAAGAAGUCGAAGGUCGACGACGCAAAAUCAAAAAGUAAAACUGUUAAAGACGGAAAGGGAACAAAACGGAAGGCAGAAGAGAAAGCAGGAGCAUCAAGCAACAAAAAGAGCAAGACGAAGAAAUAACUGGUCAACCACGUAGCACAUUCCCCUUCCUCUUUCAUUAUUUGCUAGGUGUUUUUCGAUGUCUGCACUAUCUUAUUAAUGUUGUAUCACGGCAUGUAUUUCUUCGCAUUGUAUAUUACUGCCCAAUACUUAUAUGAUUAGCCGUUCAAUCCAAAACACCAUCCUUCUAUCAAUCAGACAUGAACGGUGUCCC